AUGAAUCUAUCAAAAUUUUAUUCACAUAAUAACCAAUUAAAUCGAAAAAGAAAAAAGUAAAAGUCACCAAAGGACACUAGUAUGGAUACACCUCCUAUUAAAAGAUCAGUGACUUAUAAUAGUGAUUCAGAUUUAAUAAGCAAGAUUGUUAAUACUGAAAAUUUAGUUGAUUUAAUAGAAAAAAUAUAAAAGCAAAAGUAAGAUCCUUACAUUAAGAAUGAACCUCCUUAAACAUUAACUUUACCUCCCAUUAUAAAUUAAAUAGAAAGAUAACAUAAUAUAACAUAAAGAAAUUAAAAAAAAAAAUAAGAGAAAGAAUAUAUUCCAUUUACUUAUCCAAUUAAUCCUAAGAAAAUUGCAUAUUAUUAAGAGAAUAAUCUAUAUGGAAAAUUCAUAGAACCCACUGAAUAUAAAAAAAUAAAUUAUGAAUCCAUAAAAACUAUGUAGAAAUAUAUACAUAUUUUAGUGAAACUGCGAUAUCAGAAUAAUUAGCCAGUGAAAGUAAAUUAAAAAGGUCAAUGACUGAACGUAAAGAGGAAGCACAUAAAAACAAAUUCAAAUUAAUUUAGUCAUCAACUGAAGAUAAUUUAGAAAAUGAAAAAAUUAUAAAAAAUUAUACUUUGUCAAAAGUUGAUUAUGAAAACUUAGAUUCUCUUUAUAGUAAAUAAGGAAAAAUGAAUAAAAUAAUAAAAAAUGCAUUAAAAAUUAAAUCACAAUCAAGAGAUCCUGCAAAUGCUUCAAAAUCUGUUUUAUCAGAAAGAAUAUAGCUAUAAUUAGAAUUAAAAAAGCAAUAUGAAUAAUCUUUGGAUUUAGCAUUAUAAGGUUAUAUUGUUUAUGAUGAUAAAUAAUUUGAAAAAAAACAAGCAAAUUGGUCUUCCUUAUUACAAAGAUUGACUUAAAAAUAGUAUACAAAUCGAAAUGUUAAGUAGUAAUCAAUUCAUUAAAGGAAAUAACUCUAUGUUAAUAAAACCCUCGAUAUAUAAGAUAAAUGUUCGGAAAUAUUAUAUGAAUGA